AUCCGACCGUAGAAAUAGAGGAGAAACAACGUGAACACAACACAAAGCACCGUUCACGUUCAGCCUUCAAAUGUUCGUUUUUUCUUUCAGUUGUAUUCGAGGAAAAUAAACGAAAUGUCUCAGAACAGUCUUCAUGGCAAGUGGGCUGUCUCCAGCAGUGAUGAUGACGACGGCGAGGAGCUCCCUUCAUCCAAGACGGUAUCAUCAGCUCACCCGACCGGAGUGACGGACAGCUACCAAAACACCCGUCCGUCCGUCUCAUCCCAGAGCUCCAAUCAGAUUUACCACGCCCCCUUGUCCCCUGAUACAGUCACAGAGGUGAAGGAAGAACCUGAUGGUCCCUUCGAUUUCCCGGGGUUGAAACCUGAUGUGAAAGCGGAAGCCGAUGUGAAGCCAGUUUGUCCAAACACAGCACGCGACAGCCAGUCAAAUCCAGGGAAGUAUGAAUCACCUCUCAGUGGAAAGAGGAAAAAGGACCAGGAGGAGUCUGGCUGGGCUCUCUCUGAUAGUGACGGUGAUGAUGAUGCUGUGGGUCUUGGCAAUAAGGCCAACAAUCCAACCAGCAGGCGUGCUCCGAGCCCCAAAGCCAAGAAACCGAAGGUGGAGAUAAACGAGCGGCCCCCUAGUCCCUACGGCCGUCAGUACUACAUCGAGGAGACAGAUGAUUUCUUUGAAACCCAUGUGCCAUGUCUUAAUGACACGUACAGGUUCUACCUCAACAAGGUGACCGGGCUCGACAAGAAGUACAACACUGGUGCUUUGCAUAUCAGAGAUAUCCUCUCCCCCCUGUUCGGGACAUUAAAGGAAUCCGUUCAGUUCAACUACUGUUUUGAUAUUCCCUGGAUGGUCGAGCAGUAUCCACCAGAGUUCCGGGACCUGCCGGUGCUAAUCGUCCACGGGGACAAGAGGGAAGCCAAAGCUCGACUGCUGAAGCAGGCACAGCCCUUCCCACACGUGCGCUUCUGCCAGGCCAAGCUGGAUAUUGCUUUUGGUACUCACCACACGAAGAUGAUGCUGCUGUGGUACGAGGAAGGUUUCAGGGUCGUCAUAACAACGUCCAACCUCAUCAGAGCAGACUGGUACCAGAAAACACAGGGGUUGUGGCUGAGUCCUCUGUUUCCACGGUUACCAGACGGCAGUCCGUCCAGUGAUGGCGAGUCUCCCACCCUCUUUAAGAAGGACCUGCUGGAGUACCUCGCCUCAUACCGGGCACCAGAACUCGGAGAAUGGAUCCAACGCAUCAGAGAGCAUGACCUCUCCGAGACCAGGGUGUAUCUGAUUGGCUCCACUCCAGGCAGGUAUCUAGGCGACGACAUGGAUCGCUGGGGUCACCUGAGACUCAGAAAGCUUUUAUAUGAUCAUUCGAUUCCGGUUCCCGAUGAUGAAAUCUGGCCAGUGAUUGGCCAGUUCUCUAGUAUUGGUUCCAUGGGAUUGGAUAAGACCAAGUGGCUGGCAGGGGAGUUCCAGCGGACCCUCACCACACUCGGGAGGUCCUCUGUCCGCCAAGACCCCCCCAUUCACCUGGUGUACCCAUCUGUUGAUGACGUCAGGAAUAGUCUCGAGGGAUACCCUGCGGGGGGCUCCCUCCCUUACAGCAUCCAGACAGCAGAGAAGCAGCUUUGGCUCCACUCCUACUUCCACAGGUGGAAGGCUGAUACGACAGGGCGGAGUCAGGCAAUGCCACACAUCAAGCUCUACAUGCGAGCUUCUCCAGACUUCACAAAGCUAGCCUGGUUCCUCAUCACCAGUGCUAACCUCUCUAAGGCUGCAUGGGGAAACCUGGAGAAGAACAACAGCCAGGUCAUGGUCCGUUCCUAUGAACUGGGAGUCCUCUACCUCCCUUCUGCCUUUGACAUGGCAUUCUUUCCUGUCCAGAAGAAUCCUUUUCCAGCCACCUCCUCCUCCAAGGCGUUUCCUGUGCCCAUCGAUUUGCCUCCUCAACCCUACCUUAAAACAGACCAGCCAUGGAUCUGGAACAUUCCACACAAUCAGUCUCCCGACACGCACGGAAACAUUUGGGUCCCCUCCUAAAUGGGUCCCUGGGGGCCAACACACACACACACACACACACACACACACACACACACACACACACACACACACACACACACACACACACACACACACAAGCAAUGAGACACAAAAGCAAUGAGACUGAGGCAAAGGUGCUACAAAAGCUAAGCGUUGUGCCAGUGAAGGUUGUGUUUGAACUUUUCUUCCGUUUCAACUGUUUAUGUCUACCUUUUUCUCGAUGCUUCUACAAAUUAUUAUGAUGUUUAUGGUGCUUAAACUUGAUUGCAUUUGAAGAAGGCCCUGAAGGGCACAUAGUUUGUGUAGAGACGUGUCUGUACGUAUGUCUUUUUAUCUGUGUCUUUGUCGGAAUACCUACUUCAUUUUUCAUUUUAGCUGAACGAACCAAUCAUGUGAUGUUAACGUUUUCAUGUUUCGGUCGUAAUUGUUUUGUCAUGUUAACUUAGAUUCAUACAUUUUCUAAAAAACAUUAAUAAAAUAUUUGUUAAAAAUGUUUGUGUUAUUAUUUAGCAGAAUAUAAAAUAAAGGUUGAAUUUAACCCAUACCAUUGGCCAAUUUGAGGAUUGGAUAAAAGUUAGUUGGACGAUAUUUGGGCACAUUAUGCCCACUUCUUUAAAAGUUCAUUCUUAAGUUAAUAUUUAAUGUGAAUAAAUAACAAAUGUGGUAA